UCCGCGUGUUCCGCGUGUUCCGCGUGUUCGGCGUUUUCCGCGUUUUCGACCUGGCCGGGGUACUCUGCAGUCAAAUGUGUGAAAUGUAAAGUUCAUCUCUGCUUUGUACGAGGGAGAAACUGCUUCAAGAAUUUCCAUUCAAAGUGAAGAUUAAGUUUUAAAUUAAGUCAAAGUGAAGUUUUAAAGUUCAUGUUGAGUUGUUAUAAAAUAUAUGAACAGUACAUACCUCCUGUUAUCACUUGUACCAACGGAAUCAGUAUGUAUGUAGAACAGUACAGGGGGAGAAAGUUCUAAUUAUCAAAAGGGCAAUCCCCUUUCCAAAAGCCCUAUCUGAACUGAAAAUUCAAAUAAUUGGCUAUCUGUCUUAAUAAAGCGUGUGGAAGUAUACAGAAAACCACAUUUUUAGAUAUUUUGAUUUUUCAUUAUCAGCAAGAAUUUUAUACCAUUGCUGCAUAAUGUUGUUGUGGGACAACAAUCUGACAUGACAUCAUCUUCUAAUAAUAAUAAUGUCAAAAUUGGUCUGAAAAUAGUUCUCCACAUCAAAAUAAAACAUUCUAGUGCAAAAACAUUUUUUUUUUGGUUUUACAAAAAAUUAAUGUAGGAAAGGGUUAGGCAUUGAGUCAUGGUAAACACUGGUUCUCCGCGGGGGUCUGUCUGUCUGCAUAUGAUCAGUUUGUUUUCAUGUAAUCAGACAUUCUUUGUCGAAAACGAAAGGCAAUUAAAAAGUUUUUGGUAAGAAGUUUUGAAAUCUUUUGUAGAGAGCAAGAGAAAAGAGAGAGAAAGAAAGAACCUUUAGAAACGGCGGAACAAAGAGCAUUUACAACAUCGUGUGUGCAGUUUGCUUGACAGCCAAUCAGAUUAGCGAAGCUAGCAUAAUGACUUAGCAAUUUUUGCAAUUUGGCUAAACGCUUCCUAUUUACCAUGACCUCAUUGCCUUCAAUCUUGCGAAUGCUGGGAUGAUGUGUAUAUUUCUCAACAGCAAUUUCAACAGGGUCCAGCAAAUGUAGUAACACGGACAAGAAAGACGCAAGUAAACGUGGACAAGAAAGGCGAAAUUCGAAUGGGUGUGGAGUACAUCAACAUGCGAGUAGUUUUUAGAGUCACAUUAGGUAUAGCUCUCUUCAUGGUUGCUGCAUCAUAUUUUAUUAUGGAGUACAAUAGUUCAAGUUCAAGGAGAUACAAUGGAAGAAGUUUGAUUAAAAGUCAUUUUCAAGGAAACAAGGAAAACCAGUACAAUUUUCGAUUAAAAGGAUCGUUCGAAAUUUAUGUUAGACUAACAGAUAAUGCCCAGUUUAGAAGGCAACUGGAUAACUGGCUUUUGAAAAGCAUGGAAUUGUUCUUUCCAAAGUACCUUGCCUCCACUAUUAUCGUUCUGGACAGCGAGAAGAAAGGGGACUGGGCUUAUGCAAAAGAACUAUUAAAAAAGUAUGACCAUUUCAAUCUACGGAUAUGCUAUAUGAAUCCAAUUCCUGCUGACGUCAUCAAUAACUGGGGAAAGGAGAGAAUGUACUUUGACAUGAUGCAUGCAGAUUCAUGCAAAUUACAAGGGUACGUUGGCUUUGUUGACGUUGACACUCUAUUUGUAACAGCAGUCACGGAGGACUUGUUGUUUGAGAAUGGAAAGCCAAUCGUCACUGGUAGAAUAGGCAUGCCCAGAAUUCCAUGCUGGAUACAAACAGCAGAGUAUGUGCUUGGUGUUAAGCAAGUAAUACAGUGCAUGUCAUACUUCCCUGUCGUCUUUAAAGUCGAGCAUAUCGUUGAAAUGCGGCGUUAUGUGGAAAAUUUGCAUGGGAAGUCGUUUAUGCAAGUGUUCAAGAUGGCACCUUCUGCCGUGAAAGUUCAUGGCACGUGCUUCUGCCAUUAUAGCAUCAUGUGUAAUUACAUGUGGUAUUUUCAUCGAAAUGAUUACGCCUGGCACUUACAAGUUGUGCCACUUGGAAAAUGGCAUGGUCAAGGAUCGAUUCCUAGUAUGGUCGAUGCAGCUUACUUUAAUAACGAGGUAACACCUAACGAAAAGUUGCCGAUACCAAGAAGCUCCAUACAUGCAAGGCAUUUCAUGAUGGAUGGAAAAUACCAGGACGCAGUUGAAGCACCUGUUCCAUACAUAAAUAAAGUCCUAAAGGAAGGAUUUUGUUAUUCGUUUGGCCAUGAAAUAUGUCCAGAGAACUGUGGAGAAUUCGACCCAAAUAAGAUUCAAGAUAGUUUAUUUGCUUUUGAGAAUUACAGAUGGCAAUGGGAUGCUCGAUGCAAUGCCACUCAAACUAAACACUACU